AAAACCCCCCAACACCCGCAGGUGGGCCGUGCCCCGCCCCGACUUUCUGCCCCCCCAGGGUGGCGUCGCCCCAUCCCGACUGGUAACUAGUUCUGGUAACUAGUUCCCGGUGACCAGUGACCGGGAGCAGCCGCCCCCCCCGGCUGCUCCUCCUCCCCGGCGCGGCCCGGCGGGCGGGGACAGCGGCAGCGCAGCCGCGGAGCGCACGGAACACGGGGAAAAACGGGAAAAACGGGAAAAACGGCGGCGGAAAGGAGGCAAACGAGCGAAAAGAGACCGGGAAAAGGUAAAAGGAAGCGCUAAAGGAGGAAAAAGAAGGGGAAAAGGAGGAAUAAAGGAGGAAGAAGGAUUAAAGAAGGGAAAAGGAUUAAAGAAGGGAAAAGGAGGAUUAAAGAAGGAAAAAGGACGGGGAAAGGAGGAAAGAAGGAGGCAACAAGGAGCAAAAGAGAGUAAAAAGGAGCAAUAAAGAAGGAAAAAGAGGAAUAAAGAAGGAAAAAGAGGAAAGAGGAGUAAAAAGGAGGAAUAAAGGAAAAACAAUAAAGGAGGAAAAGGAGGAAAAAGAAGGAAAAGGAGACAAGGAUAAAACUCAGGAAAACAGAAGGGAAAAGGAGGAGGAGGGAGCGGCGGCAACGCGGCCCCAGCAUUUCGGAGCCAAAGUUUCCGAUUCACUUGACUGUUUCAUUCCCCAAAUCUCUCUGCGGGAGCAUUCCACUAAGACGUAUGUAUUUUUGUCUUGAAAUCCGCGUUUUCCCCCUCGGGGAGACGUUCGGGACGCGGCUGUUCCUGGGCUAACCCAUGUGUUCUUUUCCUGGACUAACACACGUAUUUUUCUCCUGAAAGCCCCGUUUCUAGCAGGUUUGGGAUGCAGCUGCUCCCACAUGGACCCAGCGCAUCCCCAGGGGCCCGAUCCUGAGGGUCCCAUGGAGCCGCCACCCGAGCAGGACAGGGGGACAUCGGGGGACAAAGGGACCCCCCAGCCCCCGGGGGAGGUUGGGGGGGGCUCCGAGGUGCCUCCCCCCCCCGCCGUGGGGCAGGGCGGCUGCGCCCCACAUCCCCCCCCCAACGAGCAUCCGCAGGACGACGCUCCGGAGCCGCAAAGCGCAGAGGACGGGGUGUCCCCGGCGGGUCCCCGCGCUGCCGCGGGGGGGGCGACGUCACCAGCUGAGCCCCCCCCGGCCCGGACCCCCGCUCGGGACGCGGAGGAGGAUUUCUAUUGCGUGAAGUGGAUUGACUGGAAGGGGGAGCGGACGCCCGUGGUCACGCAGAGCGCCAACGGGCCCUGCCCGCUCCUGGCCCUCAUGAACGUGCUCCUGCUGCGCUGGAAGGUGAAGCUGCCGCCGCAGAAGGAGGUGAUCACGGCCGAGGAGCUGAUGGCGCAUUUGGGGGAUUGCAUCCUGUCCACCCAGCCGCCCCGCGAGCCGGCCGAGGGGCUGCAGCUCAACUUCCAGCAGAACAUCAACGACUCCAUGACGGUGCUCCCCAAGCUCUCGACGGGGCUGGACGUCAACGUGCGGUUCACGGGCGUCUCGGACUUCGAGUACACGCCCGAGUGCAUCGUGUUCGACCUGCUGAACGUGCCGCUGUACCACGGCUGGCUGCUGGACCCGCAGAGCCCCGAGCUCGUCCGGGCCGUGGGCAAGCUGAGCUACAACCAGCUGGUGGAGAAGAUCAUCACCUGCAAACAGGCCAGCGACUCCGGCCUGCUGAGCGAAGGGCUGGUGGCCGAGCAGUUCCUGGAGGCCACGGCGUCGCAGCUGACGGUGCACGGGCUGUGCGAGCUGGCGGCCGCCGUGCCCGAGGGCGAGCUCAGCGUCUUCUUCCGCAACAACCACUUCAGCACCAUGAUCAAGCACAAGGUGCGGCCCCCGCCCCCGCAGAGCCCCCCCGCGCUGGCAGGGGCCAACUGUGCCCCGCGUCCCCUCCCAGGGCCACCUGUACCUGCUGGUGACGGACCAGGGCUUCCUGCGGGAGGACGGGGUGGUCUGGGAGACCCUGCACAGCGUGGACGGCGACAGCUGCUUCUGCGACACCGCGUUCCGCCCCAGCCACGCGCACGGGGGGGCCGCGGCCGCCCCCCCGGGACACCGGCUGCAGCAGAGACAGGUGGACCAGGAUUACAUGAUCGCGCUGUCCCUGCAGCAGGGGGGGGGACAGGACCCCUCGGUGCUGAGCGACCUGGAGCUGGCGCGGCAGCUGCAGCAGGAGGAGUAUCAGCAUCAGCACCCCCAGCACCCCCAGCACCCCCAGCACCCCCAGCACCCCCAGCACCCCCAUCCGCAGCACCAGGGCCCAGCGCAGGGUCUCUGCCCCCCAGCCCCAAUUCCUGCCCCCCAGGCCCGUGCGCCGCGGAGGCAGCGGCAGAAGCCGGAUCUGGACUGUGUCCUGCUCUAGCACCCCCGGGGGGGUCCCGGCCGUGUGAUCCCCAGGGGGACCCCUGGGGACAGGGACACACACGCACGAGGGGGGGACCCUGCCCCCCCGCCGGGACCACCCGGACCGUCCCAGUGGCCUUAGCGCGGGGGGUGUGACCCACGCGGGGUCCCAGCGCUCGGUCCCUGCUCCGAGACGUGGGGGACACGCGCCAGGGGGGACACCCCCCCGCGCCCAAAAUGUGGCCUUAGCCCUUGGCAAAUAAAGGACUUGUCCCCA